CUGGCUGUGUGUGUGCCUAUAGCCCCCUCUCUCUCACUCUCACAUACACACUGCAUACACAUGCUCCCUCACUUCUACGCACACACGCAGAGCUGAUCAGUGCAGGCAGCGCAGAGCCCGGUAAUUGUAUUGCUCACUCCAAGUGGAAGGAAGGACCGAAAGAGAAGAAGAUCAGAGAAAGAAGAGAAAAGAAGAGAGAGGAGAGAUAUAAAAAAAAAACUUUGAUUUUUUUUUUUGUGUUUAAUUUCUUGCCAUUUACCCUGAGGAGGUUGACAUGACAAUGACCCGGUAUCGCCGAUGGAUUCGGUAGGACACCCGUUAUCCGAGUGUUUUUUAAUGCACUCUGAACAAGAAAUGAACUUAUCGAAGGGGCCCUUAGUGAACAGCAGCAGUGAAGAUAACUCCAAGUCGUCUUAUGGUAAAUGCGGCGCUGGCGCCUGGAGAAUGCACCAGAGCUACGAUCCACUGGAGGCCAACCACAUGAGAGACGCACAUGCCCUCUACAACCCCAGGCUUCUCUGCAGAAUGUCCAGUAAGGAGCGCCACCUUGAGUCCAGUUGUCCGUCCUCUUAUAUAAAGACUGAGCCGUCUAGUCCUGCCUCCCUGACUGAUAGUCUAAACCAUCACUCCCCUGGUGGCUCCAGCGACGCCUCUGGCUCAUAUUCGUCCACGAUGAACGGUCAUCCCAAUGGCUUAGACUCCCCAAGCCUUUAUGGCUCCAACGCAGGGCCCCUAGGACCUGCUGGCGGCCCUGGAUCAAAGCGUUAUGAGGACUGUUCAUCAACCAUUGGGGAAGAUUCACAAAUUAAGUGCGAGUACAUGUUGAAUUCCAUGCCCAAGAGGUUGUGUCUCGUGUGCGGGGACAUUGCGUCAGGUUACCACUAUGGAGUGGCAUCCUGCGAGGCCUGCAAGGCCUUCUUCAAACGCACCAUCCAAGGCAACAUUGAGUACAGCUGUCCAGCCACCAAUGAGUGCGAGAUCACCAAGAGGAGACGCAAGUCGUGCCAGGCCUGCCGCUUCAUGAAGUGUCUGACUGUUGGCAUGCUGAGGGAGGGUGUUCGUCUGGACAGGGUUCGCGGUGGAAGACAGAAGUACAAACGCCGGAUAGAUGCAGACAACAGCCCGUACCUGAAUCCACAGCUGGCUCUGCCCCCCAAGAAGCCAUUUGCCUUUGGCUGCCUUGCAGAUAACAAAAUCGUAUCUCACCUGCUGGUGGCUGAGCCAGAGAAGAUUUAUGCCAUGCCGGACCCGACAGUACCAGACAGCGACAUCAAGGCCCUGACUACGCUGUGUGACCUGGCGGACAGAGAGCUGGUGGUCAACAUUGGUUGGGCCAAACAUAUUCCAGGUUUUUCCACGCUGUCUCUGGCAGACCAGAUGAGUCUCCUACAGAGUGCAUGGAUGGAAAUCCUGAUCCUACGCGUUGUCUACCGUUCACUGCCCUUUGAAGACAAGUUGGUGUAUGCUGAGGACUACAUAAUGGACGAGGAUCAGUCGAAAUUAGCUGGACUUCUGGACCUGAACAAUGCCAUCCUUCAGCUGGUCAAGAAAUACAAAUCGAUGAAACUAGAGAAGGAGGAAUUUGUCACUCUCAAGGCCAUUGCUUUGGCUAACUCAGACUCCAUGCAUAUUGAAGAUGUGGAUGCAGUACAGAAGCUCCAGGAUGUGCUUCACGAGGCCCUGCAGGACUACGAGGCUUCCCAGCACCAGGAGGAUCCCCGUCGGGCAGGCAAGCUGCUCAUGACCCUCCCCUUGCUCCGCCAGACCUCCACCAAGGCUGUGCAACACUUCUACAGCAUCAAGCAGGAUGGCAAAGUCCCAAUGCACAAACUCUUUUUGGAGCUGCUGGAAGCCAAGGUCUGAGGACAGGGACUAGAUGGAAGGACAGCUAGAGUCUGAUCCACCUGGGCUUCAACUCGAACUCUGAACAUCAACUUUGAAUGACCUCUUGCUCUUUUACACGCACUCUCACAGAUACAUGCACACACACACUCACACACACACACAGAAAUAUGAAGUUUGUCUGCUGACACAUCUUCCUAUAAAUAGACGCUAUCCAGACCUCUUACCUGAACUUGAAAGACCACGUCUUUGACAAAAGGGUGUUGACUUGAUGAUCUUUUUUGGAGGAAGACGGUGACAGACUGUGUAACUCCCAUUUAUCAAUGGAAGACGAUAUUUGCUAAGAGUAACUUAACAGUUCCCACAGUGACUCCAAACACUGACGAUGACAAACACUUAUGCAUUUAAUAACAAUUAGGAUGUUAUUAAUGACAAACGCUUAAAUGAGGACAUGUUUAAGACACUGAACAGUCUUCAUUUUAGCUCCGGGAGACUGUAAGACUGCACUCGUGUCUCCUUUCCCCCUCCUGUUUCCCUCAGAGUUUUUUAGCGUUCAAGAAGAAGACGAGUGGACAAAAAAUGAACACUUAGGAGGUGUUAAUGACAUUUAUUGUUGAAGUACAUGUACAAUGAAAUUUGAAUCAAUGGACAGAAAGAAAAGAAGAGGAGAUUUGCCCUGCCAAAGAAUGGAAUCAUCCAUUCAGAGGAUGCCAGCAAACUUUACUGUCAUAACCCAAAACCAUUUCUGUUUUGAUCUGCCAGUGGUUUUCGGUCCUGGGCCUCAAGAGUACUGCUGGUUCUCUCUUCCUGUAAUUAUUAAAUUGUUUUCUGGGUAUUAUGAAAACCAGCAGCGCUUAAGGUUUUAAGGAACAGCAUUGGAAACAACUGCUUUAAACUCUUUUUGGUUCUCCCUAAAUUCAAUUCCUGGUUUCCCAUGACUCCCCCGCUUCAAGUACAACUUUACUGUUUGCUGUAUUUGCUGAGGACUGGUCAUCCUGGCCUCUCAAACCUGUCUUGCCAUAAUAUCAAUGUUUGUGCACUUGACAAAGCUAAAAAUGGUUUCAGAUAUUCUGAUCACGUGGGGUGUAAUUAAUUGGCUGAGUUUAAAAGUAUAAAUAUGACCUCUAAUUGCUAAUAACAGAGUAAAGCUUGAUUGAAACUUCAUAAAAUGGUCAAAAAUACAUGGCUAACAAACAAAUUUGGGCAGAGUUUACAUUCUGUGUAUACUGCAUAAUCUGUGAAAAACACCUCUUGUGUUCAGACGUGUAUUUGAACAAUUUUUAGCAGUUUUGUGGCCCUGAUUUGCAGCUCUUCACAUACCAGUCAGUAGGGAUUUAAGUCUAUCAACGUGCCAUUAGUAGUCCAGCCCAGGCUCAUUAGCCACACUCCAAAAACUCCAAAGUCUCACCUCUGUAUUACCCUCCUUGUCCCGUUGUGUUCACGACUUCCAGCUCAUCUCCUGCGUCAGUACAGAGAUAUUCUUGUGACUCGUUCAGGGAGUGUAGGGGGAGCCGCAGUCACUCGGCGCAAUUCAAACCAGAAGGAAAGGUGUGCUGACAAAACCGACUGAAUAAUAGGUAUUGUUGCUUUAAAACUCCUCGAUCUUUUUUCUUAAUUUCUACCUUGAAAAUAAUCUUAGCGAUGAUACCAAUAUUAGGGUUGUAAAUAAUUGUCAUCCUGUAUAUGACAUAUAACAUGGCUUUGUUUUUGUUAUUAAUAUUGUCUUCUUAAAACUGAAUCAAUCAAUAUGUCUUUCCUUUUUUCUAUCAGCUUGACCACUUUCAGCAAUUAUCAUAUAUAUAUAUAUAAAUAUAACAAGUAAUAAUGUAUUAACAAAUCAGCGUUUAUCUUAGAAACUCUGAGCAAUAGUGGUUUUCAAGGAGGGGUUUGUGUAUAUGGACUAAGUCUGCAAUAUUAACAUUACAUGCCAGUCUUAAAUUCGGGAGAAAGGGGGAUGAGGAUUUGGAGGAGAAUGUGUAGCUUCUCCUUCUCUCUGUGUAACUUGCCAUAAGCUAUUAGAUAACAGUCACUGGGCAUUUCCUUUCAUGACCGCUAAGAAGAAAAAUACAACCCAGGAGUGUAUUCGCUUAGAAGCUGUGUAAAGGUUGCAACUGGGAGAAGUAAUACAAGCAACUAAAAACAAAAAGAUUCAGCAUCCAGUUUGCAAUUAUCACCUUCUGAAGUCCGCACCUUUCAUGUGACCAGGCUCUUUUUCCAUUGACAUUUGAUCUGAUUGAACCAGGACAAUUCUUGUAGUGAUAAAACACUUAGAUAGUACACAAUUUUCCCUCAUUUGUGGCUUGAGGUGCAGUUCUUUUGGACAUGUGACUGAGUGUGGGGACCAUGAGAGUACCUUGACUAAAUUUAAAUCUUUGCUGAGGGGUAAAAUGGUGCUAGCAAAAUCAAAAUGUCCUGUUACCUCACUACCCCAUUUCCUGAAACACUUGAUUUUUUUUGAGGAGUUGAAAUUAUUAAAGCUUUUAGCCUACGUACAACAAUUACCGUAUUAUGUAAUUUAAAUCAGCUUCUGUAUAAAUUGAACAUGGGACGCUAAUUACCUCAGCUGAAUACAACAGUAAUUUAUAUGAUUUAAUAUUGAUUUGUCAACUUGUCAUUUGUAAAAAAUAGGUAAUGUUACUUGUUAAAAAUUCUGACACUUUCUGAAUUUUAGACAAAAAAUGGAAACGCUGAGCUGGCAGGCAGCUGUCUUACAAAGAGACACUGAUUUUAUGGUUAAAGUAAAAUUGCAUACAGUUUGGUUGAGUUAUCACAGCUUUAACAGGUAAAAGGUUGAUGGAUUUUUUUUAAAUAUAUAUAUAUAUAUUUAUGCACUUUCUAAAGCCAAGUAAGGAUGCCAAAAUGUGUAUUUUACAUGACAGCGUAAUCUAAUAUAAAAUGGCAACUUGUCACAGCUGAGGAGUGCUGCAGUUUAAAUGUAGUUGAUCUCUAACAUCACACGCUCAGUAUCAACCAUUAGUAUUAUUAGUAAGGGGUAUUUUCUCAGCCUUCUUAAACAUUGUAUAUUGUAAAUUAUACAGAUUAUAAUUCUAACAUAAGACAUUUUAUUGGACACAAAAUGAAGAAAAAAAAGAAAAAAAAUGUAGUUCAACCUGUGUGUUUCAUGUUUGCUGUUUUUUCUAUCAAGGAAAAAAUCUCUCUUUGGUUCAUCUCUUUUUCUUUUAGGUCUUUUUUUUUUAUGUUUGAACUUUUUUCUCCUCUGUUGAGUCCUCUAAGGCGUUGCUGUGUACUUUUUCUUGUGGUGAUUCCCGUUCUUGUGCUGUGUGCUUCUUCUUUAGACAACACAGAGUAGAGUAGAGGCCAUGUUGUCUGUCUGUCUGUCGGAUCAGUCCGCUGGGGGUCUGGGCACCGGAUUCUCUCACAAUGAACCGAAUCGUAUAUAAGGCUCUUCUGCUAGAAAUUUAACUAGACCACCAGGAUCAAAUUACAGUAUCCAUCUUUACCAAACUAUACAUAAAUAAUUAAAUAUUUAGUAUCUAAAUGAAGAAACACCUUAACAAGUAUUUAAAAAGGGAUCAUUUGUGUAACUUUCCUGUAGAUUGAACAGUAUAUUGUAUAUCUUUAGGUUAAAUAAAGCUGAAAUGAAAAGGACAUUUGAGUAAUUCAGAACUGUAGGUGACUCUUUUUUGAUAAACUCGCUGUACAUAACUGCCUUCCAUACAGCUCAGCUCAGUCAUUAUCUUUGCUGUUUUCAGGCAAAAAGAGAAAAUACUAAACCGAUUUUUUUUCGUCCCUGUUUCCUGGAAAAUAUCUUGCUUUACAAUAGACAGUGAAAAACCUGUGUGGCUUGAUGGGAAAGACAUGUUUUAAGAAACAUGUUUAAUUUGCGCUCGCUGCUGCUCUAUACCAUAUAUUCAUUGCAUUGUGGGGCACCAGGUUCUGCAAAAUUCAUACUGAAACUCAAAUUUUCCCCAACUUUAAAUAACAUGUGAUUACCCUACCUGCUAAAAUAAAUUUCUGGAUCCAUACGCUGUGAUGCAAACACCAUGACUUCAAAUAUUCUAGUGUUCAACAAAGGUUUUAACACAUUUUUUAAAACAUGAUUAUACAGAAAAAAAAAGGUUUCACAAGUAGGAAUACAUGAUAUUUUUAUGAUCAAGCUUCGAAUUGCAUACAGCAUAUGUAUUUUGAUUGUAACAUAGAAAAGUGUCCCCCUGGAAAAAAGGAUGGUAUUCAUUACCACCGACUGUACAUUAUUCCACACACAACAAAUGGAAGAAAGGCACUCUUUUUCUUACAGUUAUUUUCUGUUGCUGUUUAUUUAUUUGUCAGUUGCCCAAAAAUUGUGUGUACUCCUGAAACGAUUCACUAAGAAAGAUGUCAAGUGAUUAAUGCAAAGCUGAAUCUGGUUAGUAGCCACGUUUGACAUUCAUACUGAACAUGAUUCACAAUGAUGCCAUUUUAUUUUGCUCACUGUUGUCAUUUCAGAUGACGAAUGCUAAAUUUGACCAGGAAAAAAAUUUGGAAGGGAAACUAUGUAUUUUGUCCGGAGGUUUUGAUGUAAUCUGCUGCUCAUAGCCACAAUAUGAUUUAAUUGUAUUUUUUCUUCUUGUUAAAAAGCAAUAUUUUGAAGACUGUACAAUUAUGAGGCAAGUGUUGCACAUGUUUCUGUUGGGUCAUAGAUCCAAAUACUAAAUAAUCUAUUAGAAUGAUUCUGUCAUUAGUGUUAAAAAGCAAAGGGAAGGAGAAGGAAGGAGCAGCUGGGUUUUUGCAGAGCCACUGGUACAAAACAUUUGAGCUGUUUUCACUUUGGGCAUCAUGUUAUUGCUCUAAUUUGGAUCAAUUAGUUGCGAACACUUCACGUAAACAGUAGAUUAGCUUGAACGGAAUGAUGACUUAUUGAGCCACAGUAACAAAGCAGGUUUGUCCACUUUCCAUGGCUGCCCCUGAAAAUUGCUAAGGCCAAACAGUGUUUAUCUACAACUCUGCAGUGUAUGGUCAUUUAGUUGUAUUUAGUCCCCAGGUGCACCCAUGCUGCAGCUUACCCUGCAGCCUGAAUUUGCAAACAUGAGGAAUAUAUUUAAGAAAGGGAGAAACUUUGGGAACAUUUGGAUGAAAGGGAAGAACAAAAAGACCCUUGAGUGGUGAAGAAGAGUUGAUGAAAGACGUCCCUGUAGUGUUAUUUAAAAACAUGUCCGUAGGUUUUAGAAGUGCUUCACAUCAGUAAAUGAGAAAAAAAAAAGACAAACAAUUACCUGUAUAUUUUUGUGAUGUGUAUCAUACAAGUGUGCUCAAACAAUAAUGUCCAUUCGUGUAAAUGUAUUUAUUUCACAUUGUAUAUAUUGUUCAAUGCAAAAAGAGAGACCUAUGAUUCUGUAACUUAAACUACUAUGGGUUAAAACAUUACAUGUGUUACUCCAGACUAUGCCUUUCAGGAUUAUUACAGUAGAGCAAUAUCAAUUAAAAACCAGGCUUCCAGUUUUGAAA